UAUGUGCGCUGUGGAGGACAGGAUCGGAAACGACACCAUGUAACUGGGAUUUUAUUUCCUUCCCCACCUCCCUUGCAGAUCGGGCAGGAAUUUACUGUUUAUUUUAAACUGCAUUGUCAAAACCAAAACAAAAUAGGCGAGCGGAGGGGUGGAGGAAGCAAAAGCAAACCAACAGCAGCACAGAGCCCUCUCUCUAACCCUUCUCGCGUGGCAGCCUCUCUUUCUCCAGCCAGCGGUGAUUUCUCGUCUCCGGGCUCAGCUUUCCCAAAGCAUCACCGCCAGAGAAGAGCCAGGGUGCUCCUUUUGCGAUGAGGUCCUGCUCUGCUCCGCCUCCUCCCACCCCCGCCAACCUCUCCUCUCCACCCCAAGAAGUGAAUGAGGACUGUAGAGAGCGCGCCUUGUUUGUGCGUGCGUGUUUAAGUGAAAGGAAAACCAUCAGUUGAUUCCCUCCCCUCCCUUUCCCUUCGUUCUUCAGCGCCGUGUCUCUCUCUGCCUCCUUCUUCUCUCCCAGGCGCAACGAGCCACCGAAAGGCAAACUUUAGCGCUUCUCCCUCCCCACUGCGCUGCGCUGCGCUCCGCAUCCCUCCCCCACCCUCCCCAGGAUCUGUUAAAAAAAAGAAGAAAUUUCAGCCGCCAAACAAAAUGCCAAGCGGAUCGGUGUUGGGAGGCAGCCUUUGCCUCCCUCCUCCCGAUCAAUUCCACCCCAAGCCUUGUCAAUUUUCCCGCUGCAAAAGAGCGUUCUUCUGCUUAAACGUCCCGCGUCCAAACCUCGGUUUGCAGGAAUGAAUUAGCGAUCGCCUCCCCUUCUCUCUCUCUCUCCCGCCUCUUCCUCGCCUCCUCCAUCUCGUUACUCCUAGAUCUCUCGGCUGGCGUUUAUUUAUAUGGAGAUCGGCGCUCUCUCUCUCUCUCCCACCCCAACCUCGGAUCACCAUGAUGCAAACCCAGGAGAUGUUAUUUCUGUUAUUUAAUAUUCCUUGUUAUUGAGAACAUGCUUUUUUGAAAAACAAAAGAAAUCUAGUUUUCGUAAGGACAGGCAACGGAAGGCACCCGACCUGCCAAGUCUUUGCUGGAGAGAAAAUGUGUCUGAAGAUCUGCAGAAGACCUUCUCCACUCCCAACCUCCUCUUCUUCCUUUUCUUCCCGGGAGGGGUUAAAAAUGGCCAGGAGCCGGAUUUGUUUUGAUCGCGAAGUCCUUGUGGCAAGGAUCUAAGUUCUCUUCCGCAGCCCGCCAUGGGGACACCUGGCCAGGGCAAGGUGCCUCGGGUGGUCUGGCUUCUGCUCUUUAGCCUGGCGGUGGUGCUCUCCAAAGUGACGGAAAGCCGGGGGAUCCUGGAGAGCACCCAGAGGUUCUCCUUGCUGCCAACAUAUCUGCCUGUGAGUUACCACAUCCACAAUGCAGAUGUUUCCUUCUUUCUGAAAGAAGCAAACCAGGAUAUCAUGAGGAACUCUAGCCUUCAGUCUCGAGUGGAAUCCUUCCUAGUCUAUAAAUCCAAGAGGCCUCCCAUCCUGAAUGCAACGUAUGGGCCUUUUUCCAUUGAGCAGGUGGUUCCCCAGGACCUAUUGUCACCUUCAAAUCCAUUUGGAGCGACUGCCCCCAAGUUCUCUUUCAACUGGAAGUUGAAGGCGUACAUCAUGAACAACAAAGUCUACUUAAGCCACCCCAAAGUCCAGAUCCUGUUCUAUAUAGUCGGGAGGGACUGGGAUGACUACAGCGUCACUGAAAAGCUGCCAUGCUUAAGGGUCUUCGCUUUUCGAGAGACAAGGGAAGUCCGGGGGAGCUGUCGGCUGAAAGGAGAUCUGGGGUUGUGCGUGGCUGAGCUGGAACUUCUCCCCAGCUGGUUCAACCCACCGACGGUAGUUGCUGGCCGUAAGAAGCUGCUGAAUCAGUCGGAAGGGAGCCCAGUGGAACUUUAUUAUGCUAUCCAACCAGGGGACGAGAAAGGGGAUUGCGCUAAGGAGGAUCUAAGGAAGAACAAUGGGAUCAGACCUGGGCGCAAUGAUAUUGAUGAAUCGGGGCCACCCUUGCAGCGAAUUGGGAGUGUUUUCCUUUACCAGACACGAGGUAGCCCUUCCCUAAGCGAAAUGUGGUUGGAUAGCAACAUUGCUAUCCAGUAUAUACCAAAGACUGUCAAGCAAGGGGAUGUUUUGACCUUUGUGGUGUCUAUUGCUAAAAAUUCAACAGAGGACCAAUUCACCUUGAGGGCAAAGGUGAAGAAAGGCGUCAAUGUUUUCAGCAUAAGAGCCAGCAAUCCAUACACAUGGGACGUCCAGAAGAGUGUGGAUUAUAUUGGGAAAUAUGCACCGGCUGUUAUAUUUUGUCGAAGAAAAUCUACCCCCUUGGGAAAGAGCACCAAUGCUCCACCCUCUGAGAUCAUGCAAAUUGAUUUUGAAAUAGAAGAUCUUAGUGAAUUGCCAGACACCCAACUUAUUACGUGGCAAGUCGAGUAUCCAGGAGACAGAACAUCUGACCUUGGCAUCUCCAAGAUCUACGUAAGCCAGAAAGACCUAGUUGGUGUUCUUCCAUUGGCAAUGGAAGCAGAGAUCUUGAACACUGCCAUUCUCACUGGGAAGACUGUUGCUGUCCCUGUCAAGGUGGUCUCAGUGGAGGAUGAUGGAACCGUCACUGACCUUCUAGAAUCUGUGGAGUGCAGGUCCUCUGAUGAAGAUGUGAUUAAGGUCUCCGACAGAUGCGACUACGUCUUUGUCAACGGGAAGGAAAUGAAAGGGAAAUCAAACGUCCGUGUCCAUUUCAUGUACCAACAUCUGAGUGCCCCCCUGGAGAUGACCGUGUGGGUGCCCCGCCUCCCUCUGCAGAUCGAGGUCUCUGACACAGAGUUAAAUCAGAUCAAGGGGUGGCGGAUCCCCAUCGUCUCAAAUAAGAGACCAGCUAGGGACAGCGAUGACGAAGAGGAGGAUGAGCGGAAGGGAAGAGGUUGCACCCUCCAGUACCAGCACGCCAUGGUGCGGGUGCUCACACAGUUCGUAGCCGAACCCUCAGAUCCUGGCGGGCAGAUGACCUACCUGCUGGGCUCAGACUGGCAAGUUGACAUCACUGAGCUGGUGAGCGAUUUCAUACAAGUGGAAGAGCCGAGGAUUGCAAAACUGCAAGACGGGCAGGUGCUGGUUGGACAAGAGCUGGGGAUGACGACGAUUCAGAUUCUGUCUCCGCUUUCUGACGCCAUCUUGGCUGAAAAGACUGUGACUGUCCUCGAUGAGAAGGUGACUAUUACUGACCUGGGGGUCCAGCUGGUGACUGGGCUUUCCCUGUCCUUACAACUGAGCCCAGGAAGCAACAAGGCCAUCUUUGCCACGGCGGUAGCACAGGAAAUCCUCCAGGUGCCAAAACAGGAAGCUGCUAUAAGUUGCUGGAUCCAGUUCAGUGAUGGGGCAGUCAUGCCCUUGGACCUAUAUGACGUCAAGGACUUCUCUCUGGUGGCCACAUCUGUAGAUGAGAAGGUGGUCUCCGUUCUCCAGAGCCCCAAAUUCAAAUGGCCCCUCGUCGUUGCUGAGUCAGAAGGCCAGGGGCUGUUGGUGAAAGUGGAGAUGGUGAUCAGCGAAUCGUGCCAGAAAUCUAAACGGAAGAGCGUCAUGGCUGUAGGGACUGGGAACAUCAAGGUCAAGUUUGGUCAAAAUGAUGCCAACCCUAACACCAGUGACAGCAAGCAGGUUGGGGCCAGUGUGCACUUGGAAAACCAUACCAGCGACAGGCGUCAGAAGACAACCCUGCAGGAGAGGUCUCGACAAGAUGGGCCUUAUUACAGCUCGUCGAUGGGCCAGGAAGAAACCAGGGGGGCCAGCACACAAAAGUCAAUUCUUAGUAAAAAGGAGGACCGCGAGAGCCUUCUAGAUGAUGACAGCCAUAUGCAAAACAUCCCAAUAGACUUCACCAGCUUGCCAGCACAGGUGGACUUGCCAAUGAGCAAUGGAGAUCUGGAAGAGAACGACCUUGUAGAGACACCCAGGGGCCUAAGUGACUUGGAGAUUGGGAUGUAUGCUUUGUUAGGUGUCUUUUGCUUGGCCAUUCUAGUCUUCCUCAUCAACUGCAUCACCUUUGCUUUGAAGUAUAGGCACAAGCAGGCUCCCUUUGAAGAGCAAGAAGGCCUGAGCCACUCUCAUGACUGGGUAGGACUAAGCAAUAGGACAGAACUGCUGGAGAACCACCUCAAUUUUUCCACCCAGCAAGAGGAGUGCAUCACAGCCAUUGACCAAGGCAUAGACUUGGAGGAGAGCAAGUACCUCCUGGAUGCCAACACCCAGAAGAACCUCAACGGCCAAGUCUUCCGGUCCUCGGACCCCACUGCUACCCCCGAAGGGAAGGAGCAGAAGAGCGAGCAGACCGCCUCACCAACCUCCAAGCGGAAGCGAGUCAAGUUCACCACUUUCACCACCAUCUCCUCAGAUGGCGGGUGCCCUACCGUCAACUCUAUCUUGACCAGCAGUGAGGAUGAUAUCAAGUGGGUUUGUCAGGACAUGGACCUGGGGGGAUGUAAAGAACUAAGGAACUAUAUGGAACGGCUACAUGAAAAUGCAUAACAGUACACUAGAAACCCUUUUGCUUUCUUGCUUUCUUUUUGUUUUCCACUCACCUUUCUGCCUUUAAUUUGGCAAACUGGGACAAAACAAAA